GUCAAAAAACUUAGCUAAAUAAAAUAAUAUUGAAUAACGCUUGAUAUCUUACUGCCUUUUUAAAAACACUCACUAGAUUUAAAACCAUAGCUAGCAGUAGUAAUUUGCCAUACUGUGGGUGUCACUGAAGGUUUUCUAUGUGCUUCUGUCCAUGGGCUUUGUUCUUUUGUGGAAUCUUGAUCUAUUUUUUCAGCUUGUAUUGAGCAACGGAGAACACUGUUGGUCAGGAGGCCUCUUCAAACCAAGUAAUAUUUUUUUUUGGUGGAAGAGAAAAUGUAAAAUUGUGCCAUUGAUUUGGUGACAAACCUGUAAUAAAAUCGGUUUAAAGCUGUGUGGAAUUAGAUGAAGGUCCACAAACAAAAUACAACAAGAUAAAGAAAAAUGGUAUUCUCUGAAAGCCCAAUUAUGUAUCCAUCCCCUUUUUUGGGAGCUGAUAAUAUUAUUUUGGGGUCACUAGGCAUCAACAGAGUCACUGAAUCUAAAUGACUCCACAGAUAGGGGAGUACAUCCAUCACCACCCCCACUGUGCAGGACUCAGAGGAGGAUUUCCCUGCACGGAAGCACAUACCUGGCCAGCAGCCAGUGAGGACCCACCCUUUGCAGGCAUCUCACCUUAGAAACAGCACGAUUGUCAUUCAAGUCAUUUUUGAAUAUGAGAGAAGAGUCCUGGUUUCAACAUGUCUUCGAUAGAGACCAACUGGACUAGGUUUAUUCCUUCAAGAAGUCUCCUAAAGCCCAUACAGAAGCAAGCAUUUCCAGGAGUAAAUAAUAUUGUGUUGGAUGCCUAUGUUACCAUAUUAGCUGACACCGUGGAUGGUAUUAUAGUGGUGUGGCCAUUCCACUCCAGACCUUCUGUGGAGAGACUGUUGAAUGGCAAGUAAGAUUCCUGCAUGUUAUUUCCUGGUUGGAACUUGACAAAGCUUCAGAGAAAACAAGCAUUGACGUCGCUGCUGCACUCACCUCUGCCAUUCAGAAGCUGACUGGAGAGCAGAAAUGAUCCUGAGGGCCAAGGGGACAGCAGUUACUCUGACUUUUUCAAAGAGCACAUUAACUGGAUUGCUCAACUGUCUACAACUUAAAAGGGAGGAGACAUCACAGCUUUCCCAGAUUGGGAGGAAAAAUAUGGAAUGUGUUUUAACGCUGACUGAACACAACCACAUGAACGGUACUGACAGUACUGUGAAAACCAGCAGUUAGCAGUUUGUUCAGGCUCUAACGUUGUCCAGCACUUUCCAGAGCAAACUCACCGUUUACAGGAACUCUCGGCCUUACGAAGUUUAUAACCUCAAGCGUUGUUUGUCUUAAAUAUUUCCGCAAAAGAAAAGUACCUGGAGCCCACUUUCUAAAAUGGCCAUGGACGGGUACUUGUGGAUGGUUAUUUUGGGUUUUAUCAUAGCUUUCGUCUUGGCAUUUUCUGUUGGUGCAAAUGAUGUUGCCAAUUCAUUUGGCACUGCCGUGGGCUCUGGUGUGGUGACCUUGAGACAGGCGUGCAUUCUGGCUUCAGUAUUUGAAACCACCGGCUCAGUGUUAUUGGGAGCCAAAGUAGGGGAGACCAUUCGCAAAGGUAUCAUCGACGUGAACCUGUACAACAAGACGGUGGAGAGGCUGAUGGCUGGGGAAGUCAGCGCCAUGGUCGGUUCCGCUGUUUGGCAGCUGAUUGCGUCCUUCCUGAGACUUCCCAUCUCAGGGACGCACUGCAUUGUCGGUGCCACAAUUGGGUUCUCUCUGGUUGCAAUUGGUACAAAGGGUGUGCAGUGGAUGGAGCUUGUCAAGAUUGUUGCUUCUUGGUUUAUAUCUCCACUGUUGUCUGGUUUCAUGUCUGGCAUGCUGUUUGUACUGAUCAGAAUUUUCAUCUUAAAAAAGGAGGACCCUGUCCCCAAUGGCCUCCGGGCACUCCCCGUGUUCUAUGCUGCCACUAUAGCGAUAAACGCAUUUUCCAUCAUGUACACAGGAGCACCAGUGCUCGGGCUGGUCCUCCCCGUGUGGGCGAUAGCCCUCAUUUCCACCGGUGUCGCUCUGCUGUUCGCCCUUCUCGUGUGGCUCUUUGUGUGUCCGUGGAUGCGGAGGAAAAUAGCAGGCACAGUACAAAAAGAAGGUGCUUUAUCACAAGUCUCUAAUGAAAGCCUCGAUAAAGUGCAGGAAGUGGAGUCCCCAGUGUUUAGAGAGCUCCCAGGUGCCAAGGCUAAUGAUGACAGCACUGUCCCUCUCACGGGGCUGACUGGGGACACGCCUGGCGCUUCAGAAGGCACUUCAGCAGGAAGCCACCCGCGGGUGUCCUACGGGAGGGCGCUCUCCAUGACUCACGGCUCUGCAAGGUCGCCUGUCUCCAACGGCACCUUCGGCUUUGAUGGCCACACUAAGAGUGACGGCCACGUGUACCACACUGUGCACAAAGACUCGGGGCUCUACAAAGACCUGCUGCACAAAAUUCACGUCGACCGCGGCCCGGAGGAGAAGCCUGCUCAGGAGAACGGCUACCGGCUGCUGCGCCGGAACAACAGCUACACCUGCUACACGGCGGCCAUCUGCGGCCUGCCCGUGCAUGCCACCUUCAAGGCCGCGGGCGCCCCGGCCACCGCAGAGGACAGCGAGAAGCUGGUGGGCGACACCGUGGCCUACUCCAAGAAGAGGCUGCGCUACGACAGCUACUCGAGCUACUGCAACGCGGUGGCCGAGGCCGAGAUAGAGGCGGAGGAGGGCGGUGUGGAAGUGCAGCUGGCGCCUGCGCUGGCACAGCCGGGCCCGCCUCGGGAGGACGCUGCCGAGGAGGAGAAGGACGAGUGUGACACGGCCGAGGUCCACCUGCUGUUCCACUUUCUGCAGGUGCUCACCGCCUGCUUCGGGUCCUUUGCCCACGGGGGCAAUGAUGUGAGUAAUGCCAUUGGUCCCCUUGUGGCUUUGUGGCUGAUUUAUGAACAAGGUGGAGUAAUGCAAGAGGCAGCCACUCCUGUCUGGCUGCUGUUUUACGGAGGAGUUGGAAUUUGUACAGGUCUCUGGGUUUGGGGGAGAAGAGUGAUCCAGACCAUGGGGAAAGACCUCACUCCAAUCACACCAUCCAGCGGCUUCACCAUCGAGCUGGCCUCAGCAUUCACGGUGGUGGUCGCCUCCAACAUCGGGCUCCCGGUCAGCACCACGCACUGCAAGGUGGGCUCUGUGGUGGCUGUGGGUUGGAUCCGCUCCCGGAAGGCCGUGGACUGGCGCCUCUUCCGGAACAUCUUUGUGGCCUGGUUUGUGACCGUGCCCGUGGCUGGGUUGUUCAGUGCUGCUAUCAUGGCUCUUCUCACGUACGGGAUCCUUCCAUAUGUGUGAUUUGUCAUCUUCCCACAGUAGACAACGAAAGGGAGAGUCUGGUGUGGGUGUGUGUGGGCGUCAUACAUCCACAUAUCACCCCCCCCCAGCCACGCACGACUGUCUCCCACUGGCUCUCCAGCCCUUCCAGAUGGUUCCUGCCACACCACUCACCCAGACUACAGAGAUUCACCUUCCAGAGCUAACUUAACUACUGUACAUAAUAAUGUUUUAAACUGGUGUCGUGGUGACAUAAUGUGGUACACUUAUAUAAAAUAUAUAUUGUAUACAUAGAAUUGGUAGCAUUAUUGCAAGCAUAUUCAAAAUGGGAGUGGAGGUAAUUGCCUAGGACUAAAUACUCAGUAAAUUUUGUACGUAAUGAUUUCAGUGGCAUAUUUUAAGAACCUUUUAAAGGAAAGCGUAGAUUGGAAAAUGACUUUUUUCCAAGCGAUACUUUUCCCUGUUACUAUACUGUAAGAUCAGCGGGAUACAGGAUAUAUAUGGUACAGUCUAGGGAAGAUGGAUGUAGGUAGCGUGCUACUGAGCAAUACUGGACAGGAGUUCACAAGUGCUUUUCCUGAAGAAUCUGUUCAUAUACUAUGUACUGACCAUUGUGUAAUACAUCAUAAUUGCUUUUGUAAAUACUUAAAAUUGUAA